CACACACACACACACACACACGAUCAAGCCUGACGUCACCAAGCCCUGCGUUUCCAUUGCCUUGAGAGGUAUGCACGCCUCCUACGCAUACUCCCUCACUCUCCAACCUACGGUCUUUAACCUGCUAGUUAACCUGUAUUAGGAGGAGAUGGGCUUCCCAUUGUCUACUCCUACAGGUAACACACCAACUAGCAGCAGUACCAGGACGCAGACUGGACAAAAUAAAGCAGUAGACAUGAGCUUCACCAUCGAGGAGCGGGGCAAGCCCAACACACUGGACUACAGGGUGUUCUUCAGAAAUACUGAUGGAAAAUACGUCUCUCCAUUCCAUGACAUACCGAUUUAUGCAGAUGAAGCUCAGAACAUCUUCCAUGCUGUUGUUGAGGUGCCCAGAUGGACCAAUGCAAAGAUGGAGAUUGCCACCAAAGACCCUCUAAAUCCAUUGAAGCAAGAUAUCAAAAAGGGGAACCUUCGUUAUGUGGCCAACGUGUUUCCACACAAAGGAUACAUCUGGAAUUAUGGAGCCAUCCCCCAGACAUGGGAGGACCCAGGCCACAAAGACAGAGAUACAGGAUGCUGUGGUGACAAUGACCCUAUUGACAUCUGUGACAUAGGAUACAAGGUGUGCUCUCGUGGAGAGGUGAUCAAAGUCAAGGUGUUGGGCACUCUGGCUCUGAUCGACGAAGGAGAAACAGACUGGAAAGUCAUCGUCAUCAACAUGGAGGAUCCAGAGGCCACCAACUUUAACAAUAUUGAUGACGUAAGAAGACUCAAGCCUGGGUAUCUGGAAGCUACAUUUGAGUGGUUCAAAAAAUAUAAAGUUCCUGAUGGAAAACCCGAGAACCAGUUUGCAUUUAACGGAGAGUUCAAGGACCGGGACUUUGCUCUUAAGACAGUCAAGGAAACUCAUGAGUUUUGGAAGGCGCUGAUCUCCAAAAAGACCAAUGCUGGAGAUCUGAACUGUACCAACACCAGUGUCGCAGAUAGUCCGUUCUGCUGUUCCACUACUGAUGCUAAGGCUGUUGUUGAUGCCGCAGGUGCUUUUGGCCCUGAAGACCCUAUUCCCAAUGCAGUUGACAAAUGGUUCUACGUCUAAGUUAACUGACCCAGAAAGAAGAGCCUUCAGAUUGGACCAAAAUGCUUUCUCACCUGAACAGAAGAAUAUACUUGAAAAAUUACAGAAACCAUUUUUAGUAUAAUUACAGUUUCCCAUUUUUUGUAUAAAUUGUGAUUGAUGCUUAUCAUCUUAACAUGACAACUACUCAACCCAAGUAAGCCUGCUCAUUAUGUUUAUUAUGUUUCCCAGGUACAAAUAGACAUUUGUAACAAUAUGACCUUUAUAGUCUGUCUAAACCUAUACACUUUACUCUGUCUUGCAUCAUGUUGUUUGAUACUGAAACCUGAAAAUGGUCAUAAAUCUGAAAAUAAAUACCAUCACC